AUGUGGAGGCCAGAAACUCAUUCGUUUGUAUUGCCGGUGGGUGAGAUUACUAUAACACUGGAAGAUGUCGCUCAUAUAUUUGUCUUACCCAUUGAUGGAGAGCCUGUGAGCGGAUGGAAAGAUAGUAGUAGCGACUUCGUACAGAGUCAGAGCAUCGCGAUAUUCGGUCACCAACCGGCUCUCAGUAGUUCUUCAAAAUCUUAUAUUAAGUUGGGUUGGGUUCGGACUAUUAGAGACGUAGAGCCAUUGGAUACCGAUGAGUCUAUUAAAAGAUAUGUCAGAUGCCAGAUAUUUUGUUUGUUGGGUUCAACCCUAUUCACGGAUAAGUCGACCGCAUAUGCCCAUGCGAAGUAUCUACCCUUGCUUCGCGAUUUCAAGCGGAUCCAUACUUAUAGUUGGGGGUCAGCAUGUCUCGCGCAUCUUUACAGAGCAUUAUGUCGUGCAUCACGAUAUGAUACUAAGGAGAUGAAUGACCCUCUUAAUUUGUUGUUUGUUUGGACAUGGGAGCGACUGUCGUGUAUUGCGCCCGUACCCAGACAGUCCCUUCCACCAGCUGAGAUACCAGUUGCCAUGAGGUGGAGUCAUUCGCAUUAG